UGUAGCAAAACCCAUUCGCUAAAUCCUAGAGUCGUUUGCUUUCGAUAUUCUGAGGCCCGUAACAAUGGCAGAGGAGGUGGUUCUGCUCGAUUCUUGGGCUAGCAUGUUUGGGAUGAGGGUCAGGGUUGCCCUUGCUGAGAAGGGGAUCAAGUAUGAGUACAGGGAGGAAGACUUGAAGAACAAGAGCGAUCUGCUUCUCCAGAUGAAUCCAGUUCAUAAGAAAAUCCCAGUUCUCAUCCACAGUGGGAAACCGAUAUGCGAGUCCUUAAUUAUUGUUCAAUAUAUCGACGAGGUCUGGAACGAUAAGUCUCCAUUGUUGCCCUCUGAUCCUUACAAGAGAGCUCAAGCUAGGUUCUGGGCUGAUUUUGUUGAUAAGAAGGUUCUGACAUUGUUCAUCCUAAGCUACAAUCUAUGGGGAGUGGUAAUACAAUGUGCGUGCAAAGUGCAGGUGGCUGAUGCUGGGAUUAAACUAGGGAGCACAAAAGGAGAAGAGCACGAGGCGGCAAAGAAGCAGUUCCUUGAAAUCUUGAAGACAUUGGAGGAAGAGCUUGGUGAGAAGCCUUACUUUGGGGGUGAAACAUUUGGGUUUGUGGAUGUUGCUUUUGUCACUUUCUACAGCUGGUUCCAUACAUUUGAGACAUUUGGAGAAUUCAGCACGGAAGCAGAGCACCCCAAGAUUAUCGCAUGGGCAAAGAGGUGCAUGCAAAAGGAGAGUGUCGCCAAGACUCUUCCUGACCAGCAGAAGGUCUACGAAUAUGUCCUGGGUGUGACCAAGAGGUCUUUAGGAGAGUAACGGUUUAGCCCCAACAUUGAAGUGCUACCGUAUGUAUUUGCAAUGUUUAAAGGAUGGUUUUUAUGUGUCCGUUAGAGGCUUAGAGCUUUGUUGAAUACUGUGUCUCUGUUGAACGUUUUUUUAAAGGAUAAUUUAGUCCCGUAUCCUUACGUAGUUAAGGUGA